ACGGCGGUGGUGCUUUGGCGGGUGCGGUGGGCUCCGUUCCGGCGUGGUGCGGCUCUCUCUGGUGCGGGCCCCAUUCUUUCGCACCCUGCUCCGGUCUCGACCACGCGAGCCUGAGCGCGGCGGCGGCCCACCCGCGGCGACAGGAAGAGGUGAGCUCGUGCUCCCGCUGCGCCGGGGCCUCGGGCUGCCUGUCCGCCCCGUGGAGUCAGCUGCAGCUGAGGGCCGGGGCGCGGGGCCGCGGGGGACUCUACAUCGACGUCUCCGUUAGCUCCCGCCGCCCGCGGGGCCCCGGCCCGGAGCGUCCCUGCGCAGAACCAGAGAUGAGCAGCAACAGUAGUAAGAGAGCUCCAACAACAGCAACCCAGAGACUGAAGCAGGACUACCUUCGGAUUAAGAAAGACCCGGUGCCUUACAUCUGUGCUGAGCCCCUUCCUUCAAAUAUUCUUGAAUGGCAUUAUGUUGUACGAGGCCCUGAGAUGACUCCUUAUGAAGGUGGCUAUUAUCAUGGAAAACUAAUUUUUCCCAGAGAAUUUCCUUUCAAGCCUCCUAGUAUUUAUAUGAUAACUCCCAGUGGAAGAUUUAAGUGCAAUACCAGGCUGUGUCUUUCCAUCACGGAUUUCCACCCGGACACGUGGAACCCAGCAUGGUCUGUCUCUACCAUCCUGACGGGGCUCCUGAGCUUCAUGGUGGAGAAGGGACCCACCCUGGGCAGUAUAGAGACAUCGGACUUCACGAAAAGACAACUGGCAGUGCAGAGUUUAGCGUUUAAUUUAAAAGAUAAGGUCUUUUGUGAAUUAUUUCCUGAAGUUGUGGAGGAAAUUAAACAAAAACAGAAAGCACAAGAUGAACUGAGUAGCAGACCUCAGACUCUUCCCUUACCAGACGUUGUUCCAGACGGGGAGACCCAUCAUGGCCAGAACGGGAUUCAGCUUCUCAAUGGGCAUGCACCUGGGGCCGGUGCGAACCUCGCAGGGCUCCAGCAAGCCAACCGGCACCACGGACUCCUGGGCGGUGCCCUAGCGAACUUGUUUGUUAUAGUGGGGUUUGCGGCCUUUGCCUACACAGUUAAGUACGUGCUGAGGAGCAUCGCACAGGAGUGAGACGCAUGGGGCCAGCCCCACUGUUGCUGUUGAGGGACACCGAUGCCAGUGCUGGACGUGGGCAGGCUGGACACACUGCCGAGUGCAAGAGGACCCGCCAGAUCCUGGGUUUAGCAUUCUAAAAACCUUAAAAGGAAAGCGAAAACCAAAAUGUGUGAUGUGGGUUUGGAGAAUGCUCCUGGUUCUCUGCCCCUCUCUGGCCCCAGUGUCCAUUGGGGUUGGUUUGGUUGGUGGGGCCGCUCACACUUUGGUUUUUAUAGCUUAUCUCUUGUAUUGUCUAUAGACCUGUUUUAGUAAACCUGUUUUUCAUUUUAUUAGAUUUGGUCACUUAAAAAUAUAAAACUUAAUGCCUAUUA